CAUCAUCAUAAUCCAUUCCACACAUUUCAAUUUCUCGUGUCAUUAUUAUGAUCUUUGAAACAGAACACCAAAAUUAAAAAAAAAGUUGUGGAAGAAAAAGAGAGAGAGAGAUAAGAUUCUGUCUCUGUGUAUUUUUUUUUUUUCUUUUUCAUUUUUCCUUUUUCUCUCUUUUUGUUUCUUGAGGCUCUCAAAAAUAUCUCAAAGCGAAAAGUCGCUUUUUUAUUUUUCCUUUUGUUCUGAAAUUUUUUAUAAGGAAGCAAAACAAAACCGAAGAGAUAGUAUAUUAGAAGAGAUAGACGUGGAGAAAAGCAGACGUCUCUGUGUCUGUUUCGUUGUUUGUAUUUUUGAUUCAUCAUCGGGCUCUCUUUAUUAAGAGGGUUUUGUCCUGUUUCAAGACCCAAACUUUGGAUUCUCUUCUCUUCUCUUUCUGUUCGUUUUGUGUGUUGCCUUGUUCAUCUGUAAUAAUCUCGAGAUAGAGAGAGAUGUAUUAUCAGUUGAGCAAGUCUUCUUACAGAGACUCUUUGAAGAUUCUCGAGGCUGAUAUUGAGCACGCCAAUGGACUGGCGGCUGAGAUUCCAAUGGGAAAGAGCGGUGUGCGUCUGCAGAUGAAAUUGGUGUGUAGCAAUUUGGCUCCAUUCUUCAUAUUCCUGCUACAAUGGAUGGAUUUCUCAUGUUUGCUUCCAAGAUAUUUUGAUUUCUUCCACAUACUCAUAUACAAGGUACGGCCUGAUGGGCGGUGGAAUCUAUCCAGGUACGGAAGGAAAGCUACCAUUAGGGAGUUUUACGGUGUUAUAUUACCGUCACUUGAGCGACUCCAUAUCAACUUUGCUGACUUACCAGAAGAAAGCAUGUGGUAUCCGAAUCCAAAAGCCAUAACCAAAAAGCAGCAGUAUGACAUUGAAGGCAGCAGAUUCAUGAAUAGCAUUGACUUGGAAAGAGAAGACGAAUGCGGGAUAUGCUUAGAGCCAUGCACGAAGAUGGUGUUGCCCAACUGUUGCCAUGCCAUGUGCAUCAAAUGUUACCGUAACUGGAACACAAAGUCGGAGUCAUGCCCCUUCUGUCGAGGAAGCAUCAAGAGAGUGAACUCAGAGGACCUGUGGGUGCUGACAUGCGAUGAAGAUGUUGUGGAUCCAGAGACGGUCACUAAAGAGGAUCUCCUUCGGUUUUACCUCCAUAUAAAUAGCCUCCCAAAGGAUUAUCCAGAAGCAGCUUUCUUAGUGUACAACGAGUACUUGAUAUGAUUUCACCCUGAAACACAAACACGGGUGUACAGAAGGGAGAGUGAGAGAGAGAGAUCCCCAGACCUUUAAAAUUAAGUGUACAUAAAGAAUCUGGUGAUCCAUUGUGUUCCUUCAUUUUUAGAUUUAUGAUAUUGAUAAUAAGAAGAUUCUCAUUCUCUCCU